CACAAUCUAACAUCCUGCUUUGAUUGAAGAGUUCACAUACUAGGGGUGAAGAUGUCAGUGACAGCCGAGUCGGUGUCAGCAAGCCUCUCCACGGACAGGAAUGAGAUCACCGACAGCAGCAGCUUCUGCCUCGUCAACCCAAAAGUGUUCAUGGCCAGUGGCUACUGCUUCCAUCCCCCCCAGCCCAUCGUGCGCACCACCAAGACCGAGGUGUGCUCCUUCACCAAGGAUGACAACACCGCCACAGGGGCGGUGGGCCUGCUGACCUAUGACCUCCUCCACGUGCAGACCGGAACGUUCUCCGAGCAUGUGGCCGUCAUGUUUUCUGUGCCAUUCGACUACAACCUGUACAAGAACUGGUUUGGUGUGGGCGUGUUCGAGGUAGCCUGUGCCUGUGACAAAAACCUGUACAAGCGCAUGUACUAUGACAGCAACUUCAGAAAGUUUACCUGCACCGAGGCCAGUGGGUCAGGAAUAGAGUAUAAGAGUACUCAGGUUGAUCUGAGGGCCACCAUGUCCAACGUGGGUAAGGCUAUUGUUAAGGUGGAGCUCUAUGAUAGAAUGGGCCGAUAGCAUUGAAGAAACCGUCACCAGUUUCCACAGCAUUGAGAUCUUUAUCAAUCGGUAAAUCUACUUGAUUUUGAUGAUUACAUGAAUACAAAUCAUUUUGGUAGUUAUGUUGUUUUCCAAUCAUUCUAGAUUCAGAUAUG